AUGCAAUCUACCGUAUCUGAUCCAACUGCUGCAUUAUUAGCAUUUUCACAAUCAUUCAAGAAAGUACGACGAGCUGAAACUUUCAAACAACAAAAUAUUAAUCAUAUAUCACUAUAUCAUAAUGAUAAUAGUAAUAGCAAUGAUAAUGAUAAUGAUAAUGAUAAUAAUAAAUAUAUUAAAAUUCGUUCAACAAGUUUACCAAAUCCCAGUGAUUUAUACCUUGUUGUACGUGAUAACGAUAAACGAUUAAUGAAAAAAAAAACCUCAAUUAUGGAUAAAAUGGAAAUUUAUCAAAAUUAUCACCAAAAAUAUCGAUUUAAUUCAUUAAUACCGAUAAUUACAACAACAUUUCCAUCUUCAUCAAUCAUUUCAACUAAUGAUUAUCACAUUGCAAGGAAUAAUUGCAAUUUUGAUCAUUAUUUACAAACAAAUGGUUCAAUAGCAAUUACUGAUAAUUGUAAACAAACAAAUGAUAACACUACAAAAUUGUUAAAAUCAACAUUAAUGUUCAUUACUAAAUUAAAUCUCUGUGAUACAAUGAAGCAAUUUCGUAAGCCAACAUUAUUAGAAGAUGAUAAUGCUGAAAAUUCAUCAAGUGCCUUUUAUAAAAGUAUUGUUGCAAUGCCUGAUAUGAAUAUAUCACGCACUAAAAAGACAAUACCGCUUGUUAGUGAAUUGACAAUGGCAACAAAACGUGCUCAAGCUGGCCUAGCAAAUGCUGCUAAAACAACAUUUGGUGAUGAAGAAUUGAAAAUGCAUGUUUACAAGAAAACAUUGCAAGCCUUAAUUUAUCCAAUCAGUUGUACAACACCGCAUAAUUUUCAAUUGACUAAUUUUCAAACUCCAACAUGGUGCCAUGAAUGUGAAGGGUUAUUGUGGGGCCUAGCUCGACAAGGUUUAAAAUGUGCAGAAUGUGGCGUUAAAGUACACGAUAAAUGCCGUGAUUUAUUAAGUGCCGAUUGUUUGCAAAGAGCGGCGGAAAAAAGCUCAAAACACGGCGAAGGUAAUCGAACACAAAAUUUAAUGGCAGUAAUUCGAGAAAGGAUGAAAAUGCAAGAGAGAAAUAAGCCUGAAAUCUUUGACACUGUUAGGAUCAUAUUUAAUGUUGAUUUGGAAACACAGGAAGAAUCACUGAAACAGGUGAAAACAAGUAUUCUAGAAGGUAGCUCAAAAUGGAGUGCAAAAAUUGCUCUUACUGUGAUAUGUGCUCAAGGUUUAAUAGCCAAAGACAAAACGGGUAAAAGUGACCCAUAUGUUACCGCUCAGGUAGGUAAAAUGAAGAAACGUACACGUACAAUACAUCAGGAAUUGAAUCCAAUAUGGAAUGAAAAAUUUUUUUUCGAAUGUCAUAAUUCAACGGAUCGAAUUAAAAUUCGUGUCUGGGAUGAAGAUAAUGAUUUGAAAAGUAAAUUGAGGCAAAAAUUGACCCGUGAAUCGGAUGAUUUCUUAGGUCAAGCAAUUAUUGAAGUACGAACAUUAAGUGGUGAAAUGGAUGUUUGGUAUAAUUUAGAGAAACGAACGGAUAAAUCAGCAGUUAGUGGUGCUAUCCGAUUACAUAUUAAUGUUGAAAUUAAAGGUGAAGAAAAGUUAGCACCGUAUCAUAUCCAAUACACAUGCUUGCAUGAACAUUUAUUUCAACAUCAUUGCACGGAACAGGAUGAAGUACGAUUACCGGAAAUAAAAGAUGAUUCAUGGAAGGUAUAUUUUGAUGAUACCGGUCAGGAAAUUUGUGAUGAAUUUGCUAUGCGUUAUGGUAUCGAAAGUAUAUAUCAGGCAAUGACACAUUUUGCCUGUCUCUGCACACGUUAUAUGUGUUCCGGUGUUCCGGCCGUACUCUCAACACUUCUAGCUAAUAUUAACGCAUAUUAUGCUCAUACGACCGCUACGUCAGCUGUUUCCGCAUCUGAUCGCUUCAAUGCUUCUAAUUUUGGCCGCGAUCGAUUUGUUAAACUAUUGGAUCAGUUGCAUAAUUCAUUACGAAUUGAUUUAUCAAUGUAUCGGAAAUAUUUUCCAUCAUCAUCGCCUGCUAAAUUAGCUGAUUUAAAAUCAACGGUCGAUUUGCUAACAUCGAUAACAUUUUUUCGUAUGAAAGUAUUAGAAUUAGCAAGUCCACCACGUGCAUCUAAUGUUGUAAGUGAAUGCGCUAAAGCUUGCAUGCAGGCAACAUAUCAAUUAAUGUUUGAAAGUUGUUGUGAAGAUGGUGGCCCAUCAGCUGAUAGUGUUAAUUUUUGGUUUGAUUUUCUUGAUUAUAUGAUGCGGGUAAUUGAAGAUGAUAAAAAUAUCUAUACACCUGUACUAAAUCAAUUCCCGCAGGAAUUAAGUGUGGGUAAUUUAUCCGCUGCAACGCUAUGGCAAUUGUAUAAAACUGAUUUACAAAUGGCAUUAGAAGAACAUGCACAAACGAAGAAAUGCUCUACACCGGAAUAUAUGAAUUUAUAUUUCAAAGUUAAAGGCUUUUACUUUAAGUAUGUAGCUGACUUACCACAGUAUAAAGAUUCAAUUCCGGAAUUUCCUGCUUGGUUUAUACCAUUUGUAAUGGAUUGGUUAAAUGAAAAUGAUGAGCAUUCAAUGGAUAUUCUACGAAAUGCAUAUAAUCGUGAUAAAAGUGAUAACUUUCCACAAACAUCGGAGCAUACGAAAUUUUCAAAUUCUGUUAUUGAUGUAUUCACACAGCUUAAUGAAGCAUUAAAAUUAUUAAAACAGAUGGAUUGUCCAAAUCCGGAAGUGUAUGCGGAUAUGAUGAAACGAUUUUCGAAAACACUAAAUAAAGUUUUGCUAGCAUAUGCUGAUAUGGUACAAAAGGAUUUUAACAAAUUUGUUAGUGAUGAAAAACUUGCAUGCAUACUGAUGAAUAAUGUUCAACAACUUCGGGUACAAUUGGAGAAAAUCUACGAGAAUAUGGGUGGUCCAAAUCUUGAUCCAACUGCAAAUACUGUAUUAAAUAAUCUUCAGAAGAAGCUUAAUGCUGUUUUAAAUAAAUUAUCAGGACAAUUUGUGGAAAGUUUAGUGCCAAAUAUUCAUGUACAAAUGAAUAAAUUGGGCGUUAUUUUGAGUAAAAUUAAAGGGCCACAACUGCCGAAAAGUCAAUUAGUUGCAGAGGUAGAUUCGGUACUUGAACCACUGAUGGAAUUAUUGGAGGAUAAAUUGCAAGAUUAUGCAUCACAAUGCGAAAAGACAGUAUUAAAGUAUUUGCUGAAAGAAUUAUGGCGAGCAACGAUAACAAGCAUGGAAAAAUUAGUUGUUUUACCACCGCUUGAUAAUAAAGCAAUUUUGAAACAAAUACCAAAUGCAGAAGUAUUCUGUGAUAUGACAAAGCUAAUGUCAACUCAUUUAAAAGAAGUGAAAAAUAUAAGUUCAGUGAAGGAAAUGAUGGAUAUUGCUCGAGAAUAUGAGCGUUCUUUAACUCCAAAGCAGUGUACAGUAUUGGAUGCAGCAUUAGAUGCUGUAAAAGAAUGUUUUCAUGCCGGUGGUCAAGGAUUGAAGAAAUCGUUCUUCGAGAAAUCACCUGAAUUGCAAUCAUUGAAAUAUGCCUUAUCGUUGUAUACUCAAACUACCGAACAACUCAUUAAAACGUUUAUUACCAGUCAAAAGCAACAAGAUCUUCCUUCACAAGAACAACCGGUUGGUGAAGUAAGUAUUCAGGUGGAUCUGUUCACGCAUCCAGGAACCGGUGAACAAAAAGUUACUGUUAAAAUUUUGGCAGCAAAUGAUCUACGAUGGCAAACAGUAAGUACAUUUAAGCCAUUUGUUGAAGUGCAUUUAGUUGGGCCACAUUUGGCUGAUAAAAAGCGCAAAAUGGCAACGAAAUCAAAAAGUGGCAAUUGGGCACCAAAAUUCAAUGAAACAUUUCAUUUUUUUCUUGGUAACGAAGGUGAGCCAGAACAUUGUGAACUGAUGUUCCAAGUGAAGGAUUACUGUUUUGCACGUGAAGAUCGAAUUGUUGGAGUUGGAGUAUUACAGUUAGCCAAUAUGAUUGAGCAAGGAAGUUGCGCUUGUUGGGUACAACUUGGCCGACGUUUUCAUAUCGAUGAAACUGGCCUCAUCUUACUUAGGAUAUUAAGUCAACGACAAACUGAUGAGGUAGCUCGAGAAUUUGUACGUUUAAAAUCAGAGUGUCGAUAUGAAACUGAGUCAACAAUCGCAGCAUCAAUGAGUAAUCAACAAUUAGCAGCAAAUCGAGUUAGUUAA